CAUAAUCAAAAAUGAAAUUAAUUAUAUAUAUAAUUAUUUUCCUUUAUUUUAUUCAAAAUAUAUCUUCACAGUGCGUCGAUGAAAAUCAAAUAAUAAAAUGCGAUCAAAAUGACACAUGCAAUUUUCUUAUCUUUAAAGAUUUUUCAAAUAAAACCUUAAUAAACUAUGAAGCUAAUUUUAAUGAUACCAAAUUAAAAGAAAUAGACCUUCUAAACCUUCCAAAUGGCUACCUAUACUAUGACUGUUCAUGCGUUUUAGUUAAAAAAAAUCCAAAAAUCAUAUCAAUAGACCCUGUUGAUACUAAUGGAGGCAAUUUAUAUUUUGAUGGAUUUUUUUUUUAUGAUGAAAAUUUAAAUAAAAUCCAAGUAGAUAUAUCAUCUGAAAAUUUAUAUGUCCCUAAUUUAAAUUACAUCUACAAUAAUCAAAUAAAGAAAUUUGUCAUUGAAAAUUUCCCUCCAGGGUGCGGCCAAUUCAAUUUAAUAUAUGGAAAAAAUUCUUUUCUUGGUAGUUAUAAAAAGCCUAUAGUUGCUGACUUUAAAAAAGAAGGAUCAAAGAAUAAAAUAUUACUUGUUGGUUCAAAUCUUUACAACCCAAAAUUAAAAAUUACUGGCCCAUUUGAUUCCACAGACACCAUUUCAACUAAAGAAUUUAACACAUCCACAGACCCGCUACAAGAAAUCUCAUAUUUUGAAGUUCCUCAAAUAUUAUAUUGUGGCAUGUGGGAUAUCGUUUUGGAAAUAUGUAAUUCUGAUAUAAAGGAAGCAAAUUUUCAAAUUACAAAUGAACCAAAAAUUGAAGGAAUCACCUCAGUUUCAUCAAAAGAAGGUGGAAAUGUAACUAUUAAUGGAAUAAAUCUAUAUUCAAGGGCAUUUGAAAAUUCCACUAAUAAAUUAUCAGGAUAUCGCAUUACUCUUCCAUAUAAUAAAAAUUGUAAUGUAAUUGAAGCAAUUCCGGAAAAAGGUUUAUUAAUAUGUAAUAUGGAACCAUCAAAAGAAAAUGAAAAAAAAAAAAAUUUAAAUUUGGUGCUAACAAUUGAUGGAAAAUAUAGUACCAACAUUACUUUUUCUUAUGAAAGCCCAUCUAUAUCAUAUGUAAACCAAACAACUUUUCCUUUAAAUGGUGAAGCUCAAUUUACUAUUAUUGGUAAAUAUUUAGAUGACCAAUCAAUAACAAUGGUUUCAGUUAUGAUCCCUGAUAAAACUUUUAAUAUUACAGAACAUAAUUGCUCUAUAAUUAGUAAAGACGAAAAUAAAAUGGUCGUUAAUGUUCCACUUAAUGCUUACCCUGGAUAUAUCGUUAUUUUUUCUAAAGAUGAUAAUGAAAUAGUAAAAUCAAAUGUAGGCCAUCUUUCAUUUUUACCAAUAAUAAAAAACAUCUCAACAUCAAAUACAACUGGUCAAAUAGUUACAAUUACUGGUGUUUCAGUUCAUACUAAAAAAAUUGAAGGAUCAUCAACUGUAAAUUUACCUAUAAGCAUAUAUGUUGGUAGUGGUGAAAAUAUUGCAAAGUGUAAAAAUCCAAAUAGUAAUGAUGGUAUUCAUAUUGAAUGUUUAUUGGAACCAGGAGUUGGUAAGGACUGGCCAUUAUCAGUUAGCAUUGAUAAGUACACAAUAGUAGAGAAAAACCUUUUCAGUUACAAUAAUCCGUUAGUUUCUGGUAUUGAAUAUAAUGUAAGUGGAUUGGUAACACUAUUUGGUUAUAAUUUUGGAAGAGAUCUAAACAAAAUAUCCAUAGUAUCUGGAGAAACACAAAUUAAAAUUUCAAAUGUUAACGAUUCGUGUUUGCAAUUUAUGACACCCAAAUUACUUCAUGGACUUCACUAUUUGGAUAUAACUGUUGGAAUACCAGAUCAUCAAAAUAUACAGAAACAAUAUGAAUUUGCUGUUAAACCCGUAAUUUUAAAAAUAAACUCAAUCCCCAUCAGUGGAGGUGAAGUUACAAUAUAUGGAAAAUAUCUUAGCCCAAGAGCUGCUAUUUCAUUUAGAUCUCCAAGAGGAACUCCAUCCGGUAUUCCAUGUAACAACAUAACCAUAUAUGAAGAUAAUACAAUAUUAAAAUGUAAUGUUACCGGUAUUUCAGGUCAAGAAAUUAAACUAGAUGGUAUUGGUGAAAGAAAAACCACAUCAGGACACAAUCAUGAAAUUUUCAUGAGCAUUAAAGGUAGAAAUGCAAUAAAUCCAGACAAUAUUACAUUUUCAUUUUACCCACCAACUGUUUAUGGAUCUCCUGGUAAAAGUGAAAAUCGUUUAAUAACAAUUUUUGGUGAAAAUUUCAAUAGAAUUGGUCUAAAAAUUUUUAUAGGUAAGGAACAAUGUAAAUGGCCCAGUGUUCUAAAGGGUUAUGAAGUAAUUACCUGUUUUCUAGACUCUGUUGACAAAAAUCAAAAAGCUGAAUACCAAAAUAAAACUUUUGGUAUUUAUGUUACAGUUGACGGGCAAACUGCAGAAUUGGAAAACAAUUUUACAUAUUACUGUAAUUAUAAUAUUAUAUAA